AUGUACGGUCAUAGGGGGAUUAAUCUCCUGUGCAGCCCACCGUCUUCAGGCAAGACAACACUCUCCAAACUACUCCAAAAUUACCUUAUUAACAAGAAACAUGACAUUGUGCGCAUUUCGAUGUCUACUUUGGAGAGAUAUCCCCGUUCUGUGGAAGGCUUGAACUGUUUCGAUGAAUUUUUCAGACAAGUUACACGAAAUUCAUUUUCUUCCCUUUUGUCUCACACAUCUCCAACAGAUAUCAUAAUAGAUGAAUGUCAGGUGCUCUAUGAUCAAGCUGAAUUCUUCUGGGCUCUUUUGAAAGACCGUUUUGAUCAUCCAAUAUAUUACCCCAACUCCACUCUUCCCUCCUUAUGUAUUCUCCUUCUAAGCAUGUAUGAAGAUUGUCUUGGUGCAGGCUCAAAAACGCCUUUGGACUUUCCUGAUAAACUAGGUUUGGAUGACUUGUGCCUCACUCAUGCCGAAUUUAACCACAUAGUUGGUAAAUUCACACACAAUGCCUUGGAAGAGCAUGACUUUGAGUUUGUCAUUGAGGAAGAUGUAACGAAUGCUAUACUCACCUCUACUCGUGGACAUGCCAGUCUCGUUAUGUGCACUUUAGAACUCCUGCAGAACUAUUGUCAGCGCAACCAAUAUAAACCUGAAAAUAAAUCGACUGAAAAAAUGCUUACAUAUAUGGUUUCUCCUGGCUAUUUCGCCACUCUUCAGGAGACACGUGUGCUCGAUUGGAUAAAAGCUCUGAAACUCACGAAAGAUGUCUACAAUUUCCUACAUGACGCAUUUACACGUAUGGAUAAGGACUCUCCACAAAAUUUGUUGGUGCCAACCAAGACCGCCGAAUACGUUAUGGUCUUAAUCCGGCCUUUGUCAUCUAUUUUGCUGGUCCAAUGCUCGGAAUAG